UGGCUGUCAAACAUUUGACAACUGUCUGCGGUUGUACUUGCUACCCAUCUACCUACCCAGGAAUAAAAUUAAUUUCUAAAAAAAUCCCGUAUUCGUGAUAGUUAAAUCAUGGCUAUCGGUGACUAUCCGAAAGAGUACAAUCCUGCAGUCCAUGGUCCAUAUGACCCGGCGCGCUAUUAUGGAAAACCCGAUACACCUUUUGGUCAAGUGAAACUGAGUGAAUUGGGAUCAUGGUUUGGUCGCAGAAAUAAGACUCCUCAAGCCAUCGCGGGUGCUUUCAGCAGAGCUUGGUGGAGAUGGCAACACAAGUAUAUGCAGCCUAAGAAGGCAGGUGUCGCUCCAUUCUUCCAGCUUCUGGUUGGCUCUAUGACAUUCUUCUAUGCAAUCAACUAUGGCAAAAUGAAGCACCACAGGAACUACAAAUACCACUAAAGGCUGUGCCAUAUAUACAAUAUUUAUUAUUCUAUAUUUAUGUAUGGAAAUUUUUUGUCAAAGAAUCUGUUGGUGUAGUUCAUUAACUCUGUAAUUUGCUGCAAUAAACACAUUAGUUCAAAAUGGU